AAAAACAUGAAAUAUUUUCUUAACAUACUCAUAGCUUGUGCAGUGUUUGGCGGUAUUUGUCAGGCAAUACCGCAAUUUUGGAAAUUAAAUUCUUUAAAUGAACGCGACCUCUUCAUAUUGGAUAUCAAAGGCACUAUGGCAGCAGGCAUAUGCUACAAACAACUGUCUCGGAAAACUAACGAUCCGCAGUUCAGUUUACGCACUUUAUCGUACUGUUGUCCUGGAUACGAACGUAAUCCUUACAGCAUGCAUAGUGUAAAAUGUGAUCCCAUUUGCACUGAGGAUUGUUCGAAUGGAAUAUGCUCAGCGCCUGAUGUCUGUGAAUGUUACCCCGGCUACGAGCGUAAGGGAGGACGUUGCGAAAGUUACUCUUUAAGCUUUGCUAAACAGGUUUAUGCGCAAUAUUACGGCGAUAUAAACAAUGCAAUAGAUGACGAUCUUAAAGAUAAUUAUAAUGUUGUCAAUCGUGAACAUAAUUAUGAGCAGCAACAAUCAAUGAAAAUGAAAUCGCGUCACAAUAAAGCCAGAGAUAGUGUUCCGCGAGGUAAUCGUUUUCAGACAGCUGCCGCAGUGAAUUCAGAUACCGAUGUGGAACGCGUUGUUAGUAUUAUGAACCAACAUCAGGAGCAAUAUAAACAAUUAAAUUUGCGUCAUAAUUAUAACAGUAAUCACAAAUGUCGAAUAUAUAUUCCUAACGAAGCCAUUAGCAAAUAUCCUUGGGCUAGUAUUGUCCAAUCGGAUAAAGCUAAUCAAUUAAUAUUGAUAGAGAUUUGUUGUGCUGGCUAUGGUGCAGUUCGUUGGCGGGGUAAUACUUUAUGUCGUCCUUUAUGUGAAAAUUGUCGCAAUGGUUUCUGUGUUCAACCCGGAGUAUGCCAGUGCUAUGAUGAAUUCGUAAGCAACGAAAACGGUGAUUGCGUUUUCGCUUGUCCUUUGGGCUGUUUGAACGGGCGUUGUUACUUGGAUGGGAGUUGCCAAUGUGAUCCGGGCUAUAAAUUAGAUGAAACAAGAAAAUAUUGCCGACCUAUUUGUAGUGGCGGUUGCGGUACAAAUCCCUUACAUAAUUGCACAGAACCUGAAGUCUGCAAUUGCAUCAAAGGCUACAAAUUAUCAGACAACGAUUGUCAGCCAGUGUGCCAGCCGGAAUGCGGCAUCGGCGGAAUAUGUAGAAAGCCAAACGCCUGCGAUUGCUUACCAGGAUAUACUCUCAAGGACGAAACUGAACGCGCUGGGUACGGCUGCCGAGUUACAGAUGCGAAAGGAAAAAUGUUAAAUAAAAAUAUUACAAAGUUUUUACUAUUAAAAUUUUUAUAUUUCUAUGUUAACGUUGAUGGCUUCACCGUUACUACUGGUCAUUGUUAUAAAAAUGUUACUGUUAAAUAUCAGGUGGCCAUUACCAAAACACGUUUGCGUGUAAACUCAAAUUUAAGUGAACCUUAUUUCGAAUUUGAAGAUCGUAUGCGUAUGGACAGGGUGCGGAUCUGCUGUCCUGGUUAUCGUACAAUUAUUUUUGGCUUGUGUGAACCGGUAUGUCAAGAUAUGUGUCCGCCGAACAGCUACUGCGCAGAACCCAAUAAAUGCGAAUGCCAACGUGGAUACGAGCAAUCGCAUAAUCAUCACGUGCGAUCCAUAUCUAAAAAGCCUAUGCAAAAGCUACAAUGCCGUCCAGUGUGUGGGGGUGGUUGCCCGGCAGCCCACAGUUUUUGUGUAUCUCGUAAUAAAUGUGCUUGCCGUCCUGGUUAUAAAGACGUCAGUUCGUGGUUUAGUCCGUUGCGUUGUGAACGCAUACAAUGUCAAGGCGAUCAAUUAUAUGAUCUCGAACAACGGAAAUGUAUUAAAGUUGUCAUGAACUUGGAACAGCUCAUGGAAAAGGUAGGGGAGAAAUUAGCCCACGGUCUUAACGAACUAGAUUAUGAAAUUGAUGACGAUAACGAAUCAUCCUGGCAGUAUAAUUCUAAAGAAGACUGUUUCCCGACGGCAGACACAGCCCUAAACAAUGUUAAGCAACAAUCUAAGGACAAUGCUGCUCUACCACGAACACCGAAUAAUGUUAAAGUAAUUAAAAAAACUGAUGCGAAUCUAACUGGAAGUAAAACAAACGAUUUAAAUUUGAAUGCGGCUUCAAAUAUUUCUACAAGCAAUCACCAAAUAGAUGCUGUGAAGACGAGUGCCGCAGCAGAAAGAUUUAACCGCAUUAAAGCGAAAGACUCAAAAUUAAACAAAGCUUCUUACACGUCUGCACGUCCACUUGAAUUAAUCAAUGAGCUCGCAACACAAAAAAUAGAAAAUAUUAAUCAACUAAAUCCGGGAAGGAAUGAUUAUGAUGUUACUUCAUUAAUUUGUCCGUCAGGAUAUACGUAUUAUCAGAGGGACUGCCGCCUCAUUAUAACAGAUAAGGAGUGCAAUGACAGCUUAUGCCGUCCUUUUAGUUACUGCGAUGAGUUGAACGAAUGUGUUUGUAAAAAAGGAUACAUGUUUGAAACGAACUCACUAUCAUCCAAUAACUGCGUGCCUAUACCGCAAACAGGGAAUACUUCGGGCUGCCCGGGCUUCUGCCCUGAAGGUUAUCAAUGUGGCAAACAAAAAACAUGUGAGAAAACUUCUCAAUAUAAAUUCUUAAGAACUCUGUAUUCUUUUGAAGAUGUCAAUAAUUUGGAAAAAGAAUCAAGAGAUUUACAUCAGUCAAAUAUGCGAGCUAUUAAGAUGCCUUAUAACACCAGCACCUCCACGACAACUACCGAAACAACAUUAUUUAACUUGUUAGCCAAUUUUGAGGAUAAUAUCACUGAAAGUCCUCUGUGUAAAUUGCAAAUUCCCAGCUGGUUGAAUAUUUGGUGCGUUCUAAUUACUAUCUGUCUUUUGAUCAUGAUUGGCGGUUUUGUAUUGAUGUUAAGUCAUAUAAGAUACUAUCGUCAAAGGCAAUUACAAUUUAAUAGAAUACCAGAACUACACAGACCUAUGUACGACUUUUUUUUGAUGUUGAAGUUAAUAAUAAUAUUAUUUUUGGUGAUGGUAGGAUGGAUAGGUUCUCUUUGGAGUUGUACAGAAAAAGUGCCAACGACCAAAGUGCGUGUCGCUUUGGUAACUAUGCGUAAAUACCCAUUAAGCUUAACUAACUGCACAGAAGGCAGUGAUUGUAAAACAAUGGAUAACCCACUAGUUUUGCGCACAGUACGUGAAACUUACACAGAUAUGGAGGAAGUUUGCUGUGAGGGUUAUACAAGAAAUCCCAGCACCGGCAACUGCACGCCUUCUUGUGUCGAUUGCAAAACUGGGACAUGUUUGCGACCUGACGUUUGCAUGUGUUCAGAAGGCUACAGUAAUUUACGCAAUCGUUCUAUUUGUGAGCCUUCAUGCACGUUAUGCAUAAACGGUGUAUGUACGGGUCCUGAGCAAUGUACAUGUUUUCCGGGCUUUAAACUGCGCAACGAUAGUGGGACGAUCUGCGAUGUCGAUUGUUCCGUCGAUUGUACUAAUGGCUUAUGUAAUGCUCAUAAUAUUUGUAAUUGUAAUUACGGUUACGUCCGCAAUGAGACGUUAGGCCGUUGCGUGCCUAUAUGCGAAGAGCCUUGUGAAAAUGGCGUUUGUAAUAAGCCUAAUGAAUGCACUUGUAAUCCUGGCUAUGUCUUGGAUUUGGGUAGCUUAGGAAAAUGUGGGCCUACUUGUACCAGCGGCUGCGCAAAUGGUAUAUGUGAACGCCCAGAAAUAUGUAUUUGCCGACGAGGUUAUGCCAACUUCGCGAAUGAUAUCUCGCUUGGUUGCAUGCCUGUUUGCAAUAAUAAAUGUGUUAAUGCUUUUUGCACAGCACCUAACGAGUGUACUUGCUUUGAAGGCUAUGUCUUUCGCAAUGGAUCAAAGUCGUCCUGUGAGCCCACGUGUUCCAAGGAUUGUGAAAACGGAUUUUGCAAUGAACAAGAACUUUGUGAAUGCCAUGAAGGCUAUCAAAAAGUUGAGUCACAUCGUUGCGCUCCGGUUUGUGAUAAACGUUGUGUAAACGGUUUUUGCUCAGCUCCUAACGUUUGUAAAUGUAAUGAUGGUUUUAUUAAAAUUGAAGAGAAUGAAUUCGCCUGUGUACCUCACUGCCCUAAAGGUUGCAAAAAUGGUAAUUGCACGGCUCCAGGCAUAUGCACUUGUAAUCAUGGCUAUCAAUCAUUGCUAUUUUAUUACUGCAUACCAGUUUGCACGAAACCCUGCUGGCAUGGAACUUGCACAGCCCCAGAUACUUGCCACUGCUUUUCCGGCUAUAAACCAAAUGCACUUUACGCGAAUCAAUGUGAUCCCGUUUGCAAUUUUGAUUGUGGUCAUGGACGCUGUAUUGCUCCUGGCUUGUGUAAUUGUGAUCCAGGUCAUCAAUACUUCUGGAUGACUGGCAAAUGUGAACCACAUUGUUCGCAGAAAUGUGUUAAUAGUAUGUGUGCAGCUGGUGGUGUAUGUCAAUGUUACGAGGGGUAUCGUAUGCGUGAAGGCAUCAAGAAUAUAUGUGAUCCCGUGUGCCAAUUGCCUUGCAUAAACAGCAAGUGUGUAGAACCUAACACCUGUGAAUGUUGGGAGGGUUACGAAGACACCAAGCGCAGCAACUUGUGUAUAGCCCGCUGCCGUCCACUAUGUGAAAACGGUCGUUGUGUAGCACCAAACAUGUGUGAAUGUGACAGCGGCUUUAAGGUUACAAAUGCGAGCGCUUCUCACCGUUGCCAACCGACUUGUCAGCAGACAUGCAUUAACGCAGAAUGUCGUCAACCCAAUCUGUGUGAAUGCUUAGACGGUUAUCGUUUUCUCAACGGUAGCUCCGUAGAGUGUGAACCGGUUUGUGAACAAUCUUGCGGCCAUGGGGUUUGCGUUGGUCCGAAUAUGUGCAAUUGUGAAUCGGGCUAUAUUCUGCAAAUGGAUCCAGACACAGGUUUCCCUAGCUGCGUCGGCUUUUGCAAUGAAUGGAAUUGUCGUGGUGGGUCUUGUGUGUCAUCCACGGAGUGUGUUUGCCCGGAGGCUUGGCUUUAUAACGCUUUGCGAGGCAUGUGUCUACCCGACGAUCUAUCUAAAGAGCGUUUAAUGAAGAGCGGCGUUUCGGUUUCGCGAUGGACGAUUGCAGCUAUAGCUAUUAUUUUAUUUGCUAUAUGUGUUUUGGCUUUGAUUCUUAUCUUUCGCGAAAUAGCUAGGCGACGUGUAACCGGUAAACAAGUACGUUUAAUUGAAAACCCAUCUUUCGGCAUCGUUAUGCCUGACCAAUGCGGUUUGCGAAAUUUUGUUAAUGUUGACGAUGAAGAAGAAACCGACACUACGCAAGAGCUUUACAGCUGA